AUGCGGAUACUAUUCCUACUAUCCAUUUUGUUAUUUGUCACGUGUCAUGCUGGAUUUUUCAGUUCUUUAGUGUCAAGGUUUACUGGCGGCGGCAGUUCAUCUCCGUCUAGUUCAAGCUCAAGUUCCUCAUCGAACCAGAGAAAAUCUUCAGUUUCAGAUGAGAAGGCCAGGAGUUACCUUCAAAACUUCGGCUAUGUUCCACCAUCAAACUCCUUACAAUCCAGAAACGGAAUGGCCGGCGACAUUCAGAGUGCCGAGCAGGUCUUCAAGACAGCGAUCAGAAAGUUCCAGGAGUUUGCCGGGUUAGCUAAAACCGGGUUGCUAGAUGCCGCGACCAAGGCGAAGAUGACAUUGGCUAGAUGUGGAGUGACAGAUGCUCCAUUGGCCCUUACUUCAGGAUCCAGCCAAUUCAAAUGGUCCAAAACCCGUCUGACCUACUCAAUCGAAAGUUGGUCUUCCGAUCUCCCUAAAGACGACGUGCGGCGUGCCAUCGCGGAAGCCUACGGUGUCUGGGCAAAAGUGACGCCUCUUGAAUUUUCCGAAGUCCCCGCUGGCAGCACAUCUGACAUCAAAAUCCGAUUCGGCACUCGCAACCACAACGAUCCAUGGCCAUUCGAUGGUGAGGGUGGUGUCCUAGCUCAUGCCACUAUGCCAGAAUCUGGAAUGUUCCAUUUCGAUGAUGACGAGAAUUGGACUUACAAAGAUGCCAGAAAGAUCCAUAGUAAUAGUGCGACCGACCUUUUGGCUGUGGCAAUUCACGAGGGAGGACAUACAUUGGGCCUGGAACAUUCGAGAGAUGAGAAUGCAAUCAUGGCUCCGUUCUAUCAAAAAACCACCGAUUCGAAUGGAAAUUAUGUGUAUCCUAACUUGAAAUCCGAUGAUAUUUCUGCAAUUCAAGCUAUCUAUGGAGCAGGAAGUGGGCGCUCCUCCUCUGGCGGAUCUGAUUUCGGAGGUAGCAGCGGUGGCGGAUCCAGAACCACUGCAAGACCCACAACUACCACUAGAAGCUGGUUUGGAAGAUUCUUCGGCGAUGACGAUGAUGACGUCAGAUCCAGGACAACAACCAGGAGAACCACUUUAUGGCCAACCACUCAGUCCCCCUUCUCUGGUGAUGACUGGGGAUCCGGCUCCAGCGGUGGACGGGGUGGCUCAUCCGGAGGUGGCCGCUGUCCAUCUUCCAUCGACGCCUACACUCCCAGCUCCUCCUUCUCCUAUGCUUUCUCCGGCUCGCAGGUUUACACGAUUAGUGGGACAAAAGUCACAAAAGUGUCCUCAAUCCACGACCUAUUCCCAUCUGCUCCAACACCUGUCAGCGCUGCUCUCUGGAAUCCGAUUUCUGGCUCAAUGCUGUUGUUUAGUAGUAAUAGAGUGUACAGCUACUACUUCUCCAACAUCCGUCAAAUCUUCCAAAUGGACAGCGGCUUCCCAAAAACCCUUCCCUCAGAUCUUGGAUUCUCUGUAUCGGGUGCUCUUCGCUGGAUUAACGGACAUCAAAUUCUUAUGAGCAGCGGUGACGAGUUCGCCGUCUACGAUGAAUUCUGGAAUCAGGUCACUUUGAAGAACAGAAUUUCUUCAUACUUCCCAAAUCUGCCACGUGGAGUCAAGGGAGUGGAAUCGCCCGCCGGAAGUCUCAUCACUGCGUUCACCUCCAACCAAGUCUUCGAAUACAACUCACGGACAAAAACUAUCGGUCGACAAUCUGGAUUUUCAAGUUAUAUUGCUUGCUAA